AUGCGGUUUCUGAAUCAUCAUAUUUACCACGGAUCGGCCUUGGCCCUUGCCUUUGCGUGGCUUAUUCCCCAUAUCGAUCGGUUAAGAUUAAUCGAGCAGCAGCCGUAUAUACUAGAACUUGAUUUAUACGAGCGACGACAACGGACACCAGAAGAUCCCUGUCCUACUGCAAUUCGGGCUAGAAUCCCCGGCAUUUCUAAGUUUACAACCUUUCAAGCUGUGCAUCAAGCUUUGAAGUUAUGUGAUACCAUCGACGUCCUUCAAUUGAGCGCGAGCCGUGCAAGUUGCGUUGGGUUUCCAGAAGGAUAUCGAAUGCCGUUUAGCCUAAAUGGCAGUGAUCGGUAUCUUUCAGCACCGCGCGUUUUGUCUUUAGAAGAGUACGAAUUCGAUUACUCUGAGUGGGCGGAAAUUCGCCCUCCAGUAUCACACUGGUCUAAUGAGGACGGCUCGUGGCCUGUAUCACCUUCAACAAUAGUACCCCUGCGAUGGAUUCUAGACAUGUUUUAUCGUGGAAGAUGGCAUUUGGACCGUUUAACUUAUGCCAUGAAACAAUUAGCCGGUAUAGGGGAGUUUUCCCGAUGGCAGGAAUUCGGAAUGGCUCAACAGUGGUACGACCAAAGAUACCUCCCCGCUGAAAGACAGUCAAUGGACGAUAUACAACACUGGCUUGAAGCCAUGGACUUUUCAAAAGUGCACACCCUCACUAUCAAUGAAGGGUUUUCCGUAACCCUCAGGGGGAAAGGUCUCUACGAACAGUUUCCCCGUGCGCUAACCGGAAUGCAAUCCCUCACUAUACAGGGUGAAUGGAAAAAUUGGGAGGCUGAGAGAGAGGGGAUAUACACUUUGCCAACCGCUAAAAACUUCAUCCUAGGCUUGAAAACAUCUUUGGAAAGUCUGGAGUGGAAAGAGGGUGGAACCUGCGGUGAAGAUGCUUUUGAUGCCGUGUUGAAACAUCAUGGUGCCACACUAGAACAUCUCGAGUGGACAAACUCAGAGAUAGACUUCCACCCAAGACCAGUCCCAUCACUAGCUCAGCUCCGAGGUUUAGGAGAAUGGGCACCUAGGUUGGAAAGUCUCGCCAUCGAUUUGCACCGGGAUGCAGGUGACUGGCCUCAAGAGGAGCUCAAGACAAUUGCCGAGAAUCUUCCCGACCUAACAACCCUGGUUCUUUACCUGAAUGCACGGGACGAGGCCCCAUUUCAGAACCACAGCUACUACACCCUGAAUAGAACAGUGCUCUUAGAACCAAGAUUAGAUACAGAAGCUGCUAUCAGCAUGUUCCGCACUCUGCGUCAGUACAAGGUGGGCGAUACUUUUGACACUGUGGAGUUUCGGGAGGGCGACUGGGCUGAAUCUUUUGGUGGUGGGCAGGUUUCGUUUAGGGACGACUGGAUGGGAGGUGUAAAGAUAUGGUUCAAAUGUAGAAUGGUGGAAAGGGAUGGAGUUUCGGAGGCUGAGUGCGAGACUAGACCACCUCUAUGGUGGUAA